AUGGACUUCACCUCACCUGAGUUCCUGCGCGGUGUCCAAGAGGCGAGGGCCUCGAAUAUGAUUGCAGGUGCAGGAUGGGUUGAGGGAUUCCUCCUCUCAGAUGCAAUCAUCUACCUGCAAGUCUAUGCGUUCGCCCAGAGCAGAUGGGUGGGACGUUACCUUAUCCUCCAGUUUGUGGCUGGCGUAGUUGUCGGUGUAACACUCCAAACACUGGUCAUUCAAGAGACAAAAUGGAUAACGUCAGGAAUUCGAGGCCUCCAUUGCGUUCCAGUGAACCUCGCAACCGGGUUCAUGGGCGCACUUUUUGCGUCAUCAAUACCCCUGUGGGUUUCCCUAGUCAUUAUCACCAUUUGGACCAUGAUGCGGAAGUACCGGUAUUGCCAGAGCGUAAUUCUAAACGCCCUCUUCCGCGACGGACUGGUUUAUAUGUAUGGCAUGGCAGGCGACCUUCUGCAUAUCCGCGACGAUCAUUAUGUAUGA